CACGCUAUUCUGCAGAUGUUCAAUCUUGAGCAAUAUACACAAAAUGUCAUCAGCAUCAAUGGAGCGGAAUAAACGGAGUGUAGCGAUCCCCGACAAACUCGCAGGCAAGAUACCUCUGCUCUCGCAAACCCUCCAGACCUCCUCCGCCUGAGGAACUUAGUCUGAACUCUGGACCCUCUGGCUGAAUUCCCUGCUUGCAUUCUGGAUGCUGGUUCACAUUCGGACUAACGAAAGAGUCUGAUGCCCCAUCGCUGUUGAAUCAUUGAAGGUGUCGAUCAGCCUGCUGAAUGUCUACAUUUUAUUGACCUUCAAAAAAAAAAGCCUUUGCACCGUUAACCUUAAUAGUUCCAGUGGUUAGUGAAUUGCACGACAGCUCCUGCCGAAAACCGACGCAGGCACGUGGGGCACCUGGAGACUCUCAUGCGCGCCCACGAGUGACGAGUUGAUGUUUUGUCUGCUCUAAUUGCACAGGGGGCGCCAAUGAGCCAGGGGCCGCUGCGCCUGCGCGUCAGUGUCCGGCUUCGGGCGGCCCAAGGGAGGAGCAAAGCCUGGUGUUUGACAGCUCAGUGCGGGAGGUAAAGGCCCGGUCCUGCCAGCGUGAAACAGCGCCGAGUGGAGCGAAGGAUCCAGCGAGAACUGCAACAAGCCAGACCUGGCCCUUCUCUAAAAAUGGCACCUGAGGAUCUGGCUCUCAAGGAAGUGGCCCUAGUUUACUUGGACAGGACUGCAGGGCUAGACAAAUUUAUCAGUGACUGCAGGCGGUACAAUGAUUCCAAACAAUGUCAUGCUGUCUAUCGCUUCAUUAUUUAUGUGAAUCCAUCUGAUCUAACAGAGUUGGAUGCAAGACUUGGUAACUGUGUUCUUCAUCAGCCAAUAAGAGCAACGUGUUUGUUUCAGUCUGUGUGCUUCACAUCUAUCAAGACAUUGUCACUAAUUCCACAAAUAGAAACUGAAAGUCAGGUUAACGUAGUGCUAAAGUUGACACACUUGCCUCCAUUACCAAAUUACUCACUUAGCCUUUGUCAGUUUCCCCGUGGAUACCAGCUGCUGAGGUAUUAUAAGGUAGAAGGAGUAGUUAUUGCAAUGACAACUGUAACAAAGUACACACAAGGUGCAAGAUUCCUUUGUUCUGAAUCAAGCUGCCCCUUUUCAACAGGCUUUCGGUAUAUUCGGGUGCAUACUGUAGGUGCUACAGAAUCAGCAACUGUGCGAAAGGACUUUACUUGCACCUUGUGUAACUCUCCACUCAAGGAAGAUGUGAAAUUCAGAGUGCUGGGUGACAAACAGCUUGUUGAAAUGAUUGAUGCAGCUGCCCUUGAUGUUAUUAAAGGAAAUCCAGUCAACAAGCCAUGUUCCAGGUAUCAGUCUUUCACUGUGUUUUUAAGGGAUGAACUCCCCAAUAGAAUGAAGAUGGGUGAUAGAUACCAUGUGACAGGAAUUCCAACUCAUGUAUACAGUGGCUCACAGCUAGCUUUAUGCAUGGAAGCAAACAACAUACUUUAUUGUUCCAUUGAAGAUCCACCUUUCAUCAAUGACAGAUUCAAAUAUCUACUGUCUGUCACAAUGUCUUCACCCUGGAGAUUUACAGCAGUUCUAGCUGAUAUCUUUGCCAUACAGAUUGUCCCUCCAGGCACUUAUAACGUCCUUAAAUUCAGCCUGCUGCUGAGUCUGGUUCAGACCUGCAAUAACAAAAAGAAAUCCACUGAACACUUAGAUCUUCUAAUUGCAACAAGUGAUCCAGUAACAGUGGACAGGCUUUUAAUAUAUAGUCUGAGCUUUGUGCCUUCUGGAGUGCGACAUUUACAUUCAUAUGAAAUUUUUGCAACCAUUUCCAAAGAUGAACAUGGAACUGGCACUGCUAAAGUUCAGGCCGGGUCUGCACUCCUGGCUAAGGGGGGUAUCUGUCAUAUCGGAGAACUUCUUUCUCUCAGAAAAGAGGCAUUUAAUUUACUUCAAACAGUUUUGGAGACUAGGAAUAUCGCAGUAUUUAUUCCUGGAAAAAAGUUUGGAGAAGAUGUUGAUCAGCAGAUGGCCUUCCCAGUCCAAUGUAAUUUCUGGGCUUUCGUUGAUGUUAACACACAGCCAAAGAAAGCUAGCCAGCAAGAAGAUGCUGUAAUCGGAGCAGUGGACUUAAAUUCAGUUCCAGCUAAUCUGGUUGAUGGCUUUGAUUUAAUGAUUUACUGCAGUGACUCUUCCAAUUAUCAAUAUCCUAUGCAUCUAGUACAGCAUAAACUGAAUGAAGCCAUGCACCAAGGCAAAGCCCUUUAUCCAGCACUACAGCAGUUUACAACACAGGACUAUGAAGAGCUGUUAGCAUUUGCCAGAAAUCAGGAAGUUGCACUUACUAUCAAAGCAGAAAGACUUAUUCAGGGGUAUUACACUGCAAGCAGGAGAGUUCGAACUGAUCCUGUUCAUGGAUCUAAAAUUUCUACAACUGCAUUGAAAACAUUAAUGUCUUUAUCUGAAGCACAUACCAAACUCAGUCUGAGAGACAAAGUACUGGAACAAGAUGCUGUCAUUGCGAUUUUACUAUACGAGAUUUCCAUUACUGCACGAUAUGGUGCUUCUGUGCUCUGCGUGUCUCCCAAUGCAAUAUUUCCAUUUGAUCGAUGUGAUGAGCACAGCUUAAGUCAAAGGGAUAUACAUUUGGCACAAUUCCAUCAACAACUAUUACAGUUCUGCUUAACAUAUGCCCCUGGGAUGUCUUUGCAUUUUGCUGAAGAAUAA